AUGGGCUGGGCUGGCCGCGGGGAGGGGCAAUUUGCACGACGUGGUGGCAUGUCAUAUGACCAUGGGUUUAGCGUCGGGCGACUUGGGCUUUACUCCAAGUGUUAA